AUGGUCGAGGAGAUGCUCAUUGCUAGGGUUCACGUACACGUGAAGGUCCUGCAGUGUCACCACCCAGGCUAUCGCGAUAUCGUCGUCCCCCAAGGCCCCGUUGAAGAGGCUGUGGAAGAGGAUCCUAGCGAUGCCGACGCAUCGGCGAUCCCGAAUUUGCAGGUUACCGAUACCGAAUUGAACGCACUGCACGCGCAGGCUCGACACCAGAUGCCACUGCCUUCCAUUCGCAGGACCCCUAUCGACGAAUUCAACCGUUCCCAGCCGCUGUUAACGCUCGCAUUCCCUACCCUCUACCCCGACGGCAAGGCCGACUUCGUGGAGCCUCGCCUACGGAGCAUCACGUACCAGGACUACCUUGGCCAUGCGAUGAGAUGGCAAGACGGACGUUUUGCCCGCCAUAAGACGUGGCCUUUCGUCGCCCUCAACACGCUGUUACAGGAAGCGAUGGCUGAGCCUGACGAGCCGGAGGCUCAGGACCUGAUCCAGUCGAUCACGCGCCAAGCCGCGGUAAUCAGGGGCACCCGGCCACCUGGCCUUUUCGUUACUGCAAAGUGGAAAGCAGCUCCUGAGGCGGCGCGCAUGGUCCUGUCCCGGCAACUACUGCGAGACAACGCCCACGUCGCCGCUUACCACUUCCAUAAGCGUUAUACGCUGUUUAGGACUAUUGUCCUGAAGCAGAAGUUCAACCUAACGGACUUUUGGGGCCGUUACGAGUGGCAGGGCAGGGGUUCCAGUCACCACCACGGCCUAUAUUGGCUAAGUGGCCACCCAGACUUAGAUGCUGACAACGAUCAGUCCCGGGAGCAAUUCGCCCGCAUCUGGGGAUAUCACGUAUCUGCUGUCAACCCAGAGCCUCAGCGAAUACAGGCGCCUGGGGAAGGGAAUCCUGAUCGGCAAUCUAUUGGAGCAGCCCUUACGGUUCAGUUCCUAUCAAUGGUGGUCAACCGCGUGCAACGCCACCGCUGCAACAACUAUCAGUCAAUUCCCUUAGUGCAGGUUUGA